AUGGGAGAUUUGCUGAAGGAGAAUAAACAAUUUUUAGUACCUAAGGCUAAUGAAACAGAAGAGAAUAGAAAUGCUGAAUUUGGAAAGAGAGCUCUAUAUAAUUCUUAUUAUAAAUAAGACACAGAAAAAACUGAGAAAAAUAAAAAGAAAGUAAAAGGCUAAGUUAAAGGUAAAGUAAAACAUGAAGAUGAUGAAGAAAUGAGCAUUGGCAGAGAAUAUUAAAUAGGAGCUGUUGAAAAAUGUGGUAUUCCAAAGUUAGAUUAAGGACAACCUCCUUAGGGAAUCAAAAAACAAAUGUUUAAAUUGUGUAACUAUCUGAUAUUUUACAACACCUUGAUGUGUGAUUCAAUUUUGCCAGAGCCAAUAUUAAGAGGAGUGCCUUUGAAGAAAAUGCAAUAAGGAGAAUUGAAGUUUCCGAUCAGAUGUGCUUUUUGUAGACUAUUAAAAAUUAGAUCAUUUGUGCAAUUCUAUUUUAGAUUUGAUUUGGUAUCAAGAUUUGGAAAGCUUUGCUUAUUUAAGGAUAAAGAAGGCAGAGAAAUAUGUUCUCAUGAAAUGUGUUUGCUAUGGUCUAAUAGGGUUUAAGUUGAUUACAACACAAUGUUAGUGGAUAUUGCUACUUUGAUAUAGGCAGUCUAAUUUGCAUAAGCUUAAAUGUGUAGAUAUUGUGGAUCAAUUGGAGCAUCUUUGAAAUGCAAUAAAGCAGAAUGCCAUGUUCAUUAUCAUUUUAACUGUCUAAAACAAGUUAGAUUAAUGGGAUUAUAGUUGGAUCACGAAUAAAAAUUCAGAUUCUUUUGUGAAGAUCAUGUGAGACACAAUUAUUAAGGUUAAUCUGAUUGGUUCAUUACCAGAAUUAGGAUGAAGCAUAUUAUCUAAUAAGGAGGAUAGCCAGCAUUUACCAAAAAGAAUCCUUAAAUUGAUUGGUCCACAAGAGAUGCAGGCCUUAACAAUGAUAGCGACAUGGAAGAAUAACAAUUCAAUAAAAAACAUAGAUAUUGA